AUGAUAUCAUCUCCAAGAGCGCUAGCUUUAGCCAUUGCGAGUAGCAUCUACCUCGCCUCUGCCAAUCCAGUUCUCAGCAAUCGCCAAUCACCCUCCAAGACCUUCGCUCUCCAACAGCGGACAUGUCCCGAAUUAUGCAACCUCUCCACCAAAGGCCAGAUCUUCAUGGAGCCGAAUUCGUUCAGCCCACCAGGUGGAUGCGAUAAGUUCUGUAUCGGGUCGGACUGCACCCAAUCCUCCGAGGUCUGCGUUUCCAUGCCCUGCGGAACUGAGUUCGUUGUCUACUUCAAAGAAGUCCCAGGACUGGUGUAUAAACCUGGCAACGUCCACGUCUGGGUUGGCACCACGGUGCCCACCCAGACGAAUCCAGGUUCUUACCCAUUUACGUCUGAUUUGGGCUUUUGUUCACUUUCACCUCUGGAUGGCGGCAAAACAGCCACCUGUACCAUUUCGCUCGACGCUUUCACGGCCCAAACCGGCAGCGCAAUCUGUCCCAGCGAGGGCACCAUCAGCUACUAUAUUGUCACCCACGCAAGCAUGCUUGACGCAACCACCGGGGUCGAUGCCGGUACAGGGGAGGGCGUUGGAACCUGUAUCAACCCGCUCAACAGUAAUGGCAAAUGCGCCCCUUGGUUUAACUACUGGUCGUUCUCCUACAAAUGUGUUCUUUGCAACCCACCUGAGCCUACUACUACAACACCAACGUCAACGCCAACGCCUCCUCCGAGCUACCAAUGGUGCGACAUCGGUACUGCCUUUGGUUAUGCUCCAGGUGCACCCAACCUGAACGGCAAUCCUGUGUCCCCAGCUCUCGGGCUCAAGACCUGCAACCGCUGGGGUUGGUACUUCACACCUACAUCACCCCAGCUCACUACUGGCAUCAGCGGGCUGCUUGAGGUCGGCGCUGGUCAAAACGACAUCAGUAAGGCCACCGAAGUUGGAAAAUUCACGGCCAAGCUCUCAGGCAACACCGUCACCGUAACAUACACGCUAUACAGCGGCGAUGGACCGAACACGGCGGGAUUCUACGACCUGAGCGAGGUGCACAUCUACGCGUCCUGCACCAAGCCAACGACCUGCGCGCCGGGCCAGUAUACCUAUAACAGUGGUGGAUUGACUGGCACAACGGAUCAGACGUUGACAGCCAAUAUUCAAGUCGGUACCUGCAGCAGUUACUGGCUCAUCUUCCACGCUGGGGUCAGUCAGCGAUUCUUGUCCACCGACACGUGCUCAACUGCAGCUACUUAA